CUCGCACGCUUGCCUCGCCACCGUUAGGACAGCGACAGGCUUCGGUCCAUUCUGUUCGAAACCCUAGGAAUUCCUCCUCGCUCCGCCUUCGGCUCGUCUCCUUCCCCGCUAUUCCAUCGCUCAGAUCUUUCCGGGCUGCGUUGCCCUUGUUUAUCUGCUCCGGUAAGGAUUACGCUGUUUGGCUUUUGUAUGCCCUGGGUUGAAGGAAGGGUUGAUUGCUGAAAUUCUUUGGGGGUUGGGUUGGAGGUUAGAUUAGAUCGUUGAUCCAAUUCAAUUUUUUUUAACCCUUUCUUCUGUUCUUUUGAUGUUUUGAUACGGCUCAAGAGGGCUGAAUGAUGAUUUGGGGGUUGUUUUUUAUUUGCUAUCCAAAAUCGAGGGUUUUCUUGGAGUGCUGAAUAUUAGACCUAUAUUAUAUAUAAAAUCAGAGUGUAGGUAAUUUCUGCCUUCUCUUCCAGUCGAAAUUUGGGUUGAACAGGAAAGGAUUUGGAUACUUUAGAUCUAUUAGCAUGGCGCUAAGUUUUCCUUUUUGGUUUGUAUUUUCUACUCCAUUUAUUCAUACUGAUGAUGAGUCCUCUCGUGCGGGAUGCAAGAGGAGCCCUCUUAACAUUCCUUUGGAGAUUGGAAAUGGUUAUGGCUACAUGGGAGGGAUCAGAGGGGAUAGUGAUUUGGUCGAUGUGGAGUGGAUGUUUGACCCAGUGGACUUGCUUCCAGAUGACCCAUUUGGGAUGGGGGUUGAUGACAGUAUGGAAGCUGCAAUUGCUAGCAUUUUUGAAGCCAGUGGUGGUGACUUAUUUGGAUGGACUUUGUUAAACUUACCUGAGUUCCAGUUUUACCAUGGCGAUUUGUUCGAAGAACAGCAUAGUUGGGUGCAGGACACCUUCAGUGGAGAUGGACAACCAAUCGUGGAUGUGGAACCACCUUCAAGAUGCAUUCAUGAAGAAACCUAUUGUGGAAAUGAGGGCCUGCUGCAUGAUGCUUUUCUUUAUUCACUUGGACAUUUGAAUCUUCAGGAUCUCCUUUCAGUGGAAGGGGUCUGCAGGUCCUUGCGUGUGGCUGUUCAAAGUGAUCAUCUUUUAUGGAGAUGUAUACAUUUGGAUUCUCCUUUAAGCGAAAAGUUCACUGAUGAUGUUCUGGUACGAUUUGCUCAGAGAUCUCAAGGUAAUUUGCAGUGUUUGAGCUUGUCAGGUUGUUCAAAGAUCACAAAUGAUGGGCUAAAGCGAGUGCUAGACAUUAGUCCCAAGCUAAGGAAGCUAAAUGUCAGUGGAUGUGUUAGACUAAGUCUUGAUGGAAUCAUAAAUGACCUGAAGGAAUUCCAAUCGCAAGGAAUGCCAGGAAUACAACAUCUUAAGCUUGGUAAGCUUUUCGUUGUAUCGGAAGAACAAUAUGGAGAGCUGAAGUCAUUGUUAUGCCUGGAUCAGCUUCAACAUUCUCAACCUCAGAAAUCACGGUUCUACCACACUUGUCGGUUGUCGCAUCAUUGUGAUGACAACUGUGUCCUGGACUUUGAUCUCUGCCCAUUUUGUGAGAAGUACAAGCUUGUUUAUGACUGCCCUUCAGAAAGUUGUCAAGUACAAGGCCCUAAAGGGUGCAGAGCUUGUGAUGUUUGCAUCUCAAGGUGUGUUCAAUGUGGAAAAUGCAUAAGAGACAGCAGAUACAUGGAGACAUUUUGUCUUGAAUAUCUAUGCUCGGGUUGUUGGAGCCUACCACCAUCGAACGAGAGAGAAGAAAAGUGAACCUAUUCUGCAAAUGCUUUUGUUUGCAGAAUCAUCUGUCAUGUUUGUUCUUCUAUGAUGGGUUUCGGGUUGGUUAGAGAGUCAUGUCUAUGACUUCCAAGCCGCAAGUCUUUUUCUCACUGCUGCUGAUGAAGAGACCAUUUUUUUGGAGCAAGAGAAUUUGUCAAGGAUAAUAAAUCACUUGGUAGUUACGUACCAUUCACCUGCACCCAGGCAGUCCCUCGGAUUAAGGACAAGUUCAAGAUCUGAUCAUCCUUUCUGCAAAACCAUUGAUAAUCUGAAACACAAUGUCAUUUUAAUUCAUGGAUAUGCAGGUGGAGAUGGUGGUGAAGGAAGCAGAAAAGUUUGCAAACACAAAAAGGAUAAGAGGGAAGUUACUGAUAUGAAGAACCAGUUGGAAUCUAUGACUUAGAGAAGAAAAGAAAAGUAACUGAAGGAGCUUGGAGAGAAAGUAAGGGUAGCCACUGAUCCGAAGAAGCAGUUCCGGAAUCUGUGAUUUAACAAACACAGAAGCAACUGGAGGAGCUUGGAGAGAGUGAGGGAAGUCAUUGAUAUGAAUGAAAAACCAGUUGGAAUCUGUGAUUUAACAAACACAGAAGCAACUGGAGGAGCUUGGAGAGAGUGAGGAGGGAAGGCAUUGAUAUGAAUGAAGAACCAGUUGGAAUCUGUGAUUUAACAAACACAGAAGCAACUGUAGGAGAUUGGAGAGAAAGUGAGGGAAGCCAUUAAUGUGAAGAAACCAGCUGGAAUCUGUGAUUUAACAAACACAGAAGCAACUGGAGGACCUUGGGGAGAAAUUGAGGGAAGUCAUUGACACGAAGAACCUGUCAAAAUUUGUGAUUUUAACAAAGAAGCAACUGGAGGAGCUUGGGGAGAAAUUGAGGGACGUCAUUGACACGAAGAACCUGUCAGAAUCUGUGAUUUUAACAAAGACAGAAGCAACUGGAGGAGCUUGGAGAGAAAGUGAGGGAAGUCAUUGACACGAAGAACCUGUGAUUCUAACAAAGACAGUAGCAACUUGGGAGUUUGACAAACACAUAACUGGAGGAGGUUGGAGAGAAAGUGAGGGAGCUCAUUGACAUGAACCUGUCGGAAUCUGUGAUUUUUGACAAAGACAGAAGCAACCGCGAGAAUUUAACAAACACAGAAGCAACUAGAGGAGCUUGGAGAGAGUGAGGGAAGUCAUUGACACGAACAACCUCUCGGAAUCUGUGACUUUAACAAGAAUUUAACAAACACAAGCAACUGGAGGAGCGUGAUCUGAUCAUCGACGAGGGAGCCAUGAGGGUGGAAGCAGAAUUGACUAAUUCACCUCCUGAAUAACUGAUAGUGAACUUGUGCACCAUUAUCUAUCUGUUUUCCAAUUGUUUUUGGUAUCUAGUUUGAAAUUGAAGACAAACAAUAUGUCGAGGGCUUCUACAACUGAAAAAAAGACAAAUAAAAACUAAUUAAAAUUAUUUUGUAAAAGAAGUUUCGU